AUGGUCUUCAGUGCGCUGCGCUUCUCCGCCGUCGUCGUGGCCGUGCUGCCUCUGGUCUCUGCGUCGCUGGAGCGUCGGGCCGUGCGCAACGGCCACCACCCUCACUUCGAGGCUCGCGGCACUGCAGGCAAGUGCAUCGCCACCUCCUGGUCUCAAGUGGGCGAGCGCGUCUUCGACUACGUCAUUGCCGGCGGCGGCACGGCCGGGCUGGCCCUGGCCGGUCGGCUCAGCGAAGACGCAGCCGUCAGCGUCGCCGUCAUCGAGGCCGGCCACUCUGCGUAUGGCGCUCAGGCAGCGCGCGUCGAGACGCCAAGCGCCGCCUACUUUGACUCGUCCGUCGGCUCGGAGCUCGACUGGCAGUACAAGACGACACUGCAGGCCGGCACGGCGCGCGAGAUGAGCUGGCCGCGCGGCAAGACCCUCGGCGGAAGCUCGGCCAUCAACGGUCUCUACUACACGCAGGCCAGCAAGCGCGAGCACCAAGCCUGGUCCCGCCUCGCCACUGGCUCCUCGGACGACACGGAGCACUGGGGCUGGCACGCGAUGCGCGAUGCACACCUCAAGGCCACCGAGUACAUGGGCAGCUCCGUGCGCGAGCUGGACGGUGCAAUCGCUGCUCAGGCCAACGAGACGCUCGGCCACUCCGGUCCUCUGGCCGUCGCGUACCCUGCACGCAGCUACUCGAGCGUCGCAGCGUGGGGCCCGGCGUUCGCCAGCAUGGGCAUCAGCGCUGCUGCUGCGCCGUACGACGGUCAGACGCAUGGUGCAUUCGUGGCCGCAAGUACGCUUGACACGGCAGAGUGGAAGCGCAGCUUCUCGCGCAGUGCCUACGUCGACCCGAUCUGCGACGAGCGUGCGAAUCUCGUCGUGCUGCCAAACCAGCACGUCACCAAGGUCAUCUUUGACGACGACGACACGACGCUGGGACAGCGUCGGGCGCUCGGCGUCGAGUUUGCCGCGUCGAAGGAGGCGCCUCGCGUGCGCGUCACAGCGCGGCGCGAGGUCAUCCUCAGUGCAGGCGCCAUCGGCAGUGCCCAGCUGCUGCAGCUCUCCGGUGUGGGCCGCAAGGAGCUGCUCGAGAAGCACGGCAUUGAUGUCGUGUACGACCUUCCGGGUGUCGGUCGCAACCUGCAAGACCACCUCGCCGUCUCGACGUCCUACAAGGUCAAGGAGGGCGUGCCGCUGCCCUCCAACUCCUCUCCCGACGAUCGGCAGCUCAACUCCUACGUCGACGGCGCAGUCGCCUACCUCACUGUGCGCGACAUCUUCGGCGACGACACGGCGGCGUUCCUGCAGCGUGCCGAGGCCGCCUCGGAGAAGUACGCCGAGGCGAGCCAGAUGCCGGCGGCGGUGAAGCGCGGCUACAAGCGGCAGGUGCGCCUGCUGCUGCGUGAUCUGCUGGCCGAGGAGUCGCAGCAUGGCUUCUCGGGACAUGCCAAGCCGGUGCUCGAGAUGCUGCUCGGCACCAUGGACUCGAGCAUGCACUUCUCCAGCGCGGCCCAAGCUCCCUUUUCGCGCGGCUACGUCUCCAUCCACUCUGCCGAUGCGUUCGAGCAGCCACACAUCGACGCCGGCUACCUGGGCCACGAGACGGAUCUGGAGCUGCUCGUGGCGGGCAUCAAGAUUGCCCGGCGUGCGGCCGCCACGUCUCAGUUCGCCGAGCUCCUCGAGUCCGAGACGACGCCUGGCGCGGCCGUCGCUACGGAGAGCUACGAGGAGCUCAUCUCGUACGUGCGUGAGACGGCAGAGACCAACUACCACCCCACGUCGACGUGCAGCAUGCUCGCGGAGCACCUCGGCGGCGUCGUCGACCAGUGGCUGCGCGUCUACGGCACCUCCAACCUGCGCGUCGUCGAUGCGAGCGUCAUUCCCGUCUCGCUCUCGGCGCACACGCAGUCGGCGGCGUACGCCAUUGCCGAGCGAGCGGCCGACAUCAUCAAGCAGGCGCGAAAGGAGGGCAAGAGCGAGCCCGUCGAGGAGUGCGCGGAGGAGGAGGAGGAAGAGGAGCAAGACGAGGAGGAGUGCGAGGCCUAG